CAAACAGCUGAUCUCGUUUCCGUGUAGUGCUUUUCUCUGUGCUCUUGAGCACAUGUUUGUCGCGCGAUAAUCACGCACAAUCGUCGCAAUUCUUCCGUUCCGCGUGUUAAUCCGGAGUGAAGCAAGCAGCGGCGCCGAUCGUUUGUCGCUCGCGCGAACGAACACCGGCCGAACAGCGCCCGUCCCCGGGUCGCGUGCGAUGAGCAGCAGCAGCCGGCGAUAACCGGCGGAUUGAUCGUCCUCGUCACCGUUGCUCUCCUCGUCGCCGUCGCCGUCGCCGUCGUCAUCGUUAUCGCAGGUGAAACAUGGCCGAUCGCGAUAGCGCCUCCGAGAGCGACUCGAGCUCGAUCGACGGCGGACCGAUCAUGAUGCCGCCGUCGCCGGUGACGCGUGAGCAGCUGCAGAAACGCAUCGAGUCCCUGCAGCAGCACAACCGUGUUCUGAAGGUCGAGCUUGAGACAUACAAGCUGCGUGUGAAGGCCCUGCAGGAAGAGAACCGUGGUCUACGUCAGGCCUCUGUCAUUAUACAAGCGAAAGCUGAACAGGAAGAAGAGUUUAUCAGCAACACCCUGCUGAAGAAGAUUCAAGCCUUGAAGAAGGAGAAGGAGACGUUGGCUCACCACUAUGAACAGGAGGAGGAAUGUCUCACCAAUGAUCUGUCGAGGAAGCUGAAUCAGCUGCGGCAGGAGAAAUGCAGACUGGAGCAGACAUUGGAACAGGAACAAGAGUGUUUGGUGAACAAGCUGAUGAGGAAGAUCGAGAAGCUGGAGGCAGAGACGCUGGCCAAGCAGAGCAAUCUGGAGCAGCUGAGACGCGAGAAGGUUGAACUUGAGAACACACUGGAGCAAGAGCAGGAGGCGUUGGUGAACAAAUUAUGGAAGCGAAUGGACAAGCUCGAGGCUGAGAAGAGGAUGCUACAGAUCAAGUUGGAUCAGCCGGUGUCGGACCCGACGUCGCCCAGGGAGAUCAACAACGGCGACACUGCCACGAACCUGAGCACGCAUAUCCAGACCCUGAGAAGCGAGGUUGCCCGACUAAAGCAUACUCUGCUGAUCUCGCAGCAAGAACAUACGGAGAAAAUGAAGCGGUACGUUAAUGAGGAGAAACAGAUACGCGAGGAGAAUCUGAGACUGCAGAGGAAGCUGCAGCUGGAAGUGGAACGUCGUGAGGCUUUGUGCAGACACCUUUCGGAAUCCGAGUCCAGACAUGAUUUUCGCAGCUUGGAGAUGGAGGAAGAACGGCACUACAACGAAAUCGUCAUGUCCGGGGGAAACAUAAGGACCCGCACGGUGUCCAGUCCUGUACCAUACAAUCCUUCGCCUAGUUCCUCGAGGCCAUUGAGCCCAGGUGUUAACGUGUUAGGUUCCACAUCGAGAGAGGGCUUCAGCGCAAACCGGUGCUACGCCUGCGGCCAACCGACUGCUCCUCCGUUCGCGAGCUCUUCGCCUCCUUCAGGGGGACACAUCGUGGCGCCGUCGAGCAGACGCACGUCGGACCGCUUCGUCAAGCCGGCGAUUCCGCCCACCAUCGUGAGCCCCGGCGGACCACCGGCUGUUGCAUCCAAUCCCACGGCGAAUGCUACGCCCCAGCCAGGAUCGCCGAUGGACAUCGCGAAGACAUAAAUCGCUCAACCAAGGGAGUCAUCCUUUUCCGUAGUCGCGCGCAAAGGUACUUCUCGAAACGAUGCUUCUCCCACUUACGAAGAGGGAGAUACGGAGAAGUAAUCCGCAGAUUCCGGCCGAGGGCACCAUCAUCGGCGCUUUUCUCGAAACGUUCGUUAACUACUAAUUCAGCUCUAAUGUAACGCACGGGCUACAACUAAGACACGGGACUUAAUUAAUCCGAUCUGAAUGGCAGACAUUGAGUUACAAACGGUGCGAAAGUCUCUUACCUCUCGUCGCGUGGGGCGGUCCUCUUCGUUCCGCCUCGCACAUCUUUAACGAUUCCUCUCGUGUGAUGCCUGCAGUAUCAUUCAGACCGAGCUCUUUAUUGUACUACGCAAUUAAUAUCGUUUGAGUGUUCUACAUAGAAAGGAAAAAAAACAAAAAAAAACAUUAACACGUUGCUUCCAUGUUCCAAGUAUCCAUAGUAUAAAUGUUGAACGCGAACGCUGAGGGACGUCUACACGGCAUACUUGCGAUAUUAUUGUAAUCUUACUGUGAGAACGUAAACGAAAGUAACUAGGAUGUAGUGUCGCGGUGUUCAUGAUCUAACAGGUAUGCAUUUGUUUAGCUUUGAGCCUGAGUAAUCACAUAGCGCACGUAAUACCAAAACGGAGGCAUAAUUUUAUUGAAGGAAGGGAAAGGUUCCGUUAGUUCCUUUUUGAGGAUUGUUGGAUCUUGGAAUGUGCGACCAGGCGAUAAGAGUCCAGGAGCGAUCUCGAUGGACGGUCACUUUGAUGUCUAAGAAACUCGGAUGAUUCGAUAAUGGAUUAGUGAAUCGCGAGGAUCUGAGAAUUUAAGGCCCUAAAGUUUGAAGGAUUCAACAAUCUUACGAUCUAAAAAAUCUGAAGAUUCGCGGAUCCAAAGAUCUCUAGAAUGUGCAUUCUGAAAGCUAAAUAUAUCUAAGUGUCUAUAAAUAUAUAUUUAUAUAUACAUAUAUAUGUGUGUGUGUGUAUGUAUAUGUAUAAAUACAUGAUUUUAGAGUCUCGUUAAUUUAAGAAAUUCAGCGUGAGAAAGAUCUAGAUUCCUUAAAAUUUCCAAUCUUUAGCUUUCCGACAUUUUACCUCUUUGGAAUUUCUGUUCUCGGAAUCUUUGGAUCACGGAGUCCUGAACUAUUAGCAUCUAAGUACCACCACGCAAAUUGGAAAGUUGGAUACUUUAAUCUUAGAUCCUUUAGCUUUAGAAUAUUGAAGUGUUGAAACUUAGAAUCUUGAAGCUUUUUCAUAUGUUGAAGCUUGAAGCCGCUGAAGGUGCUUCAGAAUUUUGAUAUCGAGGAAUUAAGUGUGACGCAUAGAGACAACAAAUCUUGCGUAUUCCGUUCACGAGUUUGUUUGCUAAUAAAUUGUUUUUGUGUCAACGAUACUUAUGCGUUAAUCCGAGACGUUGUUUGUUGUCUUGUCAAGUUUGAUUUUAGUGUGUUUGUUACAAGGACGUUCGGACAAUGUCCCCCGGGAUUUAGAAUUGGCUUUCUAAUAAAAUCUCGAUUCCACGAUUUGGAAGCUCCAUUAAAUCCAUGUUUUUCACAGAUCUCGAAAUGCGUGUUCCGAACUUUUGAAAUUUCCACUCAAAGCUGCAGAAUCUGGAAAUUCUGAAGUUUAAAAUUAUAAGGAAAUAUCAGAGGAGAACGCGUUCAAAAGGUGUUUCUCACUUACAGAUUCUCAACAACCCCCUACGCACAUCAGUUAUCGUGAAUUACGAUGUGAGAAGCGAAGGAGGCGCGAGGAAAUGCACGAGAUCAAUCGUUGCUUAUGAAAUUUAUUCCAAUUUACGUCCGUGAAUUUUCUCGCGAAUUCUUUCCUCUGAUCUCGUAAUGCAAGGCAGCUGACGUUAUGUAUUGAGAAUUCCUGUUUAUAUAGCAAGUGUAUCAUAUAUAAAGGACACACACGAGAUUCAGGUCAAAGCGUUGUUUAUUAUGUUAUAUCGAGUAUAUGAUAUAGAAUUUUAUUAUAACAUGAAAAAGUUCUUAUCGAUAAUUACAAUUACGCAGAUAUGCUUCACAGCUGCAUAUGUAUUUUACUCAAGCUUUUAUGAAAUACAGUCACGUUUUUGCUAUUAUA